GGUGCAUACGAUUGAGUUGCCGCCAAAGGUUGCCACCGUGCCAGCCUUUGCGGUGGCCUCCUGUGGUGCCAGUAACUACACACCGCGGGGCAGCCCGAAGCUGGGUGCCGCGACGACGGCGGCUGCUGGGGGCGCUAUAGAUGGUAACGGAAAGGGAGGUGCCGACAGUAAUGGAUCCGGCGGCUUCGCCAGUGGAAGCUGCGGAAAGAGGGCGCCGCUUGCUGCGCUGCAGUUACCGGUUGCUAUGGGACCCCCUCAGGAGCCCCCAACUCCCCGGCAACCGCCGGCUAACCGACUUGCAGCCGCCUUCGGCGCCACUCCACCCACCACCCCUCCCGAC